UGCUGGAGCGCAAAGGUGUGGCAUGGCGGCGCAGUUCCUCGCGUUGCAGUGCAAGGCCCACGUGGCCUUGUCCUGGACGUGCACGGAUGGACAGCUCGUGCACGCCGAGCAGAUCAUUGCCUCGUAUGGAAGCCCGUCGGAAAGCAGCUUUGGGAGCAUCAUCGCGCCUGCCACGGGCACCUUGACGAUCCUGCCACCGCCCGGCGACGACGUGGCGCCUGGCACGGACAUUGAGAUUGGUCGCAUCGAAGUGUGCAUGCAUCCGAUGAUCAAGAACAAUCGCUGCGUCGUGUGCAUGUCCAAGGUCGAAGCCGGCGAGACGGUCAAGGUGAUCCUGGCGCAGGGCCAAAUCAUGGAGGUCAACCGUGCGACGGCCCAGGAGCUCGACAGCGAAAACAUUGGGCGCAUGCUCAAGCAGAAGAAGCUGGUGCUCGUGCUCGACUUGGACCACACGCUGCUCCACGCCGUACGUUCCCAGGACGUGGUUGACGCCAUCAACGAGGACGCUUUGCGCUUCUACAUUCGCGACAUCCCGGACGAGCACGUGCUUCAGCUGCGUCCAGGCCUCUCGACGUUUCUGUCCGAGCUCUCAUCACUCUACGACUUGCACAUCUACACGCACGGCACGCGCAAGUACGCCGAGCGCAUCGCCGAGAUCAUCGACCCGGACAACUCGCUCUUCCACCACCGCAUCGUGGCCCGCACCGACACGCCGGACGUCGCCCACAAGUCGCUCAAGCUGCUCUUUCCGUCCUGCGACGACUCGAUGAUCGUCGUGCUUGACGACCGCGUCGACGUCUGGAAGGAGAACGCCGGGAAUGUCUUUAUCAUUGAAGCUUUUCACCACUUCAACACGCGUGCCGAGAUCAACAACGCGUCUGGCGGCGCGCCGUCUACCAAGGAGCGCAAGAGGCAAGACAACCACUUGACCAAAGCACUGCGGGUGCUCAAGCUCGUGCAUGAAAAGUUCUACCACGCGCCUGGCAGCAAUAGCGUCAAGGCCAUCAUGGAACAGAUGCGGCACGCGGUCUUGCGCGGCUGCCACGUUGCGUUCAGCGGCGUCAUCCCGAUCGGCGUCGCGCCCGAGUCGGACUACCUCUGGAAGCUCGCGCUCUCGUUUGGCGCCAAGCCGAGCAUGACCAUGGACAACUUUCCCACGACGCACCUCGUGAUCCAUCCCAAGCGACUCGGCACGAAGAAGUACCUCGAGGCGCUGGCGAUGCCCAGCGUCAACGUCGUCAGUCCGCAGUGGCUCAUCGACUGCGCGUCCGAGUGGAUGCGCCUGCGCGAGGAUCGGUACCGCAUUCGAUCGCUCGCGCCCGCGACGGAGCCGACCCGCGACGAGACCGUGCCGGUCGACGCGACCAGGAACGAAGACGAGGAGGAAACCAAACACGUGGAAACAACGAACGAGAAGGAUCCGCACGAGGUCGGCGACGCGGUGGCCGCGCUGCCAUUGUCCAAGUUGAGGCCGCUGCCGAGCAAGGGUCUGCUGGUGACGGCCAAGAAGGCGCCGGAAGAUCGCAAAUCGGUGACCUUUGACGCGCUCCCCGAGAAAAUUGAGGCGCCGUUUACAUCCGCCAUGCGGCGAAAACGUCCCUUGCCGCCAGCUCCGGUCGCGGCGCCGAAACCCGCGGUGGCCAAGGGCGUUGUCGCAACCGGCGGGUCGUUUGACUUUUUAUCCAAGAUGGCGACGCGCAAGAAGACGGCGGUGGUCAAGCCCGCCAUGCCGCUCAAGCCAGCGAUGCCACCGGCGGCGCCGGCACGGGCAAACGACGACGACGACGACAUCUUUCGGCGACUCAUGCUCGCCGAGAAGCUCGAGGAAGAAGACACAGACACCAAGCCCAAGCGCAAAUUUGAUGGCACGCCGCGACCCCACGAGAAGCGUAGCAAGGUCAUCGCCUACGUUUCCGAAGUCGCCGACGCGCAGGAAGACGCCGACAUGAACGACGACGACGACGACGACGACGAUGACGAAGAUUUUAUCAACGCGCUUGAAAACGACCUUUGAACUCGAAUUCGGCGACUGCGUUCAUCGAGUAGGCUCGUCGUGGCCCCGCGUCAUGCAGAGCGAUGGCACCGCCGUAACACCGAAUACAC